CACACACACACACACACACACACUCGCUCUCUCUGUGUGUCUUCAAUACAAAGGAUACGUACACUCGUACACUGAACACGGGAGCGAGAUGACAUCGACGACGUCGGUGGAAGACCUGCGGGCGCUGAAGGAGCUGUUUGAGUUCUUUGAUGCAGACAAGAACGGGUCCAUUGAAGCCUCGGAGCUAGCGGAUGUGAUUCGAAGCAUUGGCCAAUCACCGACAGAGGACACAGUCCGGCAGCUCAUUCGCGAAGUGGACCGAGACGGGGACGGCAAGAUCCAGUUCAACGAGUUUCUCGAGAUUAUGACCCGCAAGAUUGACCUGCGCGCGGAGCAGCAUGACACCGUCGACGACGUUUUGAAUAGCUUCCGCAUCUUUGACAAGGAUCUCACCGGCUUUGUCAAGACCUCUGACCUGGAGAAGGUGCUCACGCAGCGAGGAGAGAAGCUGUCGAAGAAGGAAGUGAAGAACAUGCUUGCGCUGUGCGAUGUGACGGUCGACGGAUACGUCCACUACGAGACGCUCGUCCGCACCGUCCAAAAUGCGUCUGGUGGCGUGAACCUCAUGGACCUCGUCAAGCUGAAGAAGGACAGCAGCAAAUGA